UUCAAAUUUAUCAACUAUACAUAUCAACUCUCACGACUAUAUCUUAAAAUCGACUUGGAACUGCAUAUAAAAAAUUCAUUGAGAUUUUUCUUUUAGUUCUGAAAAGCUUCGAUAAAUACCAUAAAGAAUCAAAACCACAGGCUAAAUUAAAGGCAACAAGAAGUUAAACUUACCAAUCAGAUGGUAGUUGAUGUUAAGGAUUCAGAUGAUUCUGAAGCGUUCAAUUUCUUUGGUCUUGGUGGUUGUAACGAAGUGGGUAGAUCAUGUCAUAUCAUUGAAUAUAAGAAUAAAGUAGUGAUGUUAGAUGCUGGUAUUCAUCCUGCUCUUUCAGGUCAUUCAUCAUUUCCAUAUUAUGAUGAGUAUGAUCUAAGCAAAGUUGAUAUCUUAUUAAUCAGUCAUUUCCAUUUAGAUCAUGCUGGUUCCUUGCCUUAUGUCAUGCAACAUACCAAUUUCAAAGGGAAAGUAUUUAUGACCCAUGCUACCAAAGCUGUUUAUAGAUGGUUAUUAAAAGAUUUCGUCAGAGUUACUUCUAUCGGAGGUGAAAAUAGAAAUGAUGGAGCUCCCGAUGCAUCUACUAAUUUAUAUACUGAUGAUGAUAUCAUGGAUUCAUUUGAUAGAAUAGAGACAAUCGAUUAUCAUUCAACCAUUGAAAUUGAUGGGAUACGGUUUACAGCAUUUCAUGCUGGUCAUGUUCUUGGUGCUUGUAUGUACUUUAUUGAAAUUGGAGGAUUAAAAGUGUUAUUCACAGGAGAUUUUUCUCGUGAAGAAAAUAGACAUUUACAUGCUGCAGAAAUACCACCUACUAGACCUGAUAUUCUUAUAUCGGAAUCAACUUUUGGUACUGGUACUUUGGAACCAUUACCGGAAUUGGAAAAAAGAUUAACUCAAAAUAUCCAUGCUACUAUUUCUAAAGGUGGUAGAGUGUUAAUGCCAGUGUUUGCCUUAGGUAAUGCUCAAGAAUUAUUAUUAAUCUUGGAAGAAUAUUGGUCUCAACAUGAAGAUCUUCAGAAUAUAAACAUAUACUAUGCUUCGAGUUUAGCUAAAAAGUGUAUGGCAGUAUAUCAAACUUAUACUAAUGUCAUGAAUGAUAAUAUCCGUCUUUCUAUGACCAAUUCAGGUCAAAAAUCAAGUCCAUUCGAUUUCAAAUAUAUCAAAUCUAUAAAGGAUGUAUCGAAGUUCCAAGAUUUUGGCCCAUCAGUAGUGGUGGCAUCACCAGGUAUGUUACAAGGUGGUGUUUCAAGACAAUUAUUAGAAAAAUGGGCUCCAGAUCCAAAGAAUUUGGUGGUAAUGACAGGAUUUUCGGUCGAAGGUACCAUGGCCAAAGAAUUAUUAAAAGAACCUCAUACAAUUCAAUCAUCAGUUAAUCCAGAUCUUACUAUACCGAGAAGAUUAAACGUCCAAGACAUCUCCUUUGCAGCUCAUGUGGAUUUCCAGCAAAAUACUUCAUUCAUUGAAAAAGUACAACCUCUGAAGAUUAUUUUAGUGCAUGGUGAUUCAGUUCCUAUGGGAAGAUUAAAGUCUGCAUUAUUAAGUAAAUACUCAUCUCGUAAAGGUACAGAUCAAGAAGUUAGGGUUUAUAAUCCAAAGAAUUGUGAGGAAUUGAAAAUAGGUAUAAAAGGAUUGAAAGUUGCCAAAGUAUUGGGAUCAUUGGCUGAUGAACAAUUAAUCCAUCUUAAGGAAGUAGUUCAAAAAGAACUUGACAAGAGUUCACAAAUUGAAGAAUUAGAAGAUUCUGAAGUUAAGACUGAAAUGGAAAUUGACGGAGACGAAAAGGAAAAAGAAAAAGAAAAACCAAAGGAAGAAAAUGGAAAUUUGAAGACUGGUCAAUUCUUAUCAGGUGUCUUAGUAUCGAAAGAUUUUGAUUUGAAUCUUUUACAAUUACAAGAUUUACACGAAUAUACACAAUUAUCUACUUCUAUAGUGAAAUCAAAGAUAAAUGUUAAGAUUAAUGCUGAUAUCUCGUUAAUGAAAUGGCAUUUAGAACAAAUGUUUGGUUAUAUUAACAUCUUGAAUGAUGAUGAAGAAGAAUGGGAAUGUGUUGUAAUGGACGUUGUCGAUAUUUUUAUAGAUCGAACUAAAACUGGAAAUGGAUUGUAUAUAACAGUCGAAUGGAUUAAUGACAAUCUUAUGGCUGAUUCAUUAGCUGAUAGUGUAAUUGCUAUUCUUUAUUCUAUUGAUGCAUCUCCUGCAUCAGUUAAACUUUCUUCCCAUGUACAUAGUCAUAAUCAUACUGAGGUUAAAUCGGAGCAACAAGAAGACAUAUCACUUGAGAAAUCAGCCCAUGCUAAUUCUGAAAUAUCAAGUCGUGUACAUCGUAUAGCUUCCUUACUUGAAGCCCAGUUUGGUGAAUCUUUAAUCCCAGAAGGUGAUGAUAAAGCUGUUAUCAAAUUUGGUAAAAAUGAAGCAAAAAUUGACUAUUUGAAUCUUACUGUUCAAUGUGCUUCAAAGGUUUUGAGAGAUAGAAUUGAAAAUAUCAUUAAGAGAGGUACAGCUUUAGCUGCUCCUUUAAGUCAAUUCCAAAAAACUGUAUAAUUAUGUAUAGAUUAUUUAUAAACAUAAACAUUUUGCAUCAAUUAAACCAGUUUGAGAUGUAUAGAAAUUUUUGUCGUGUGAAUUUCAAGUUUGAUA